CCGCUUUAUCAUUAUUCAUCAAAGAAAAUUCUAUAAUUUGGUGAAAAAGUUCAGUUUUUAGUGCUUCAAAAUCCUCUUGCAAUGUUCAGGAACCAGUACGACAGCGACGUGACGGUGUGGAGCCCCCAGGGGCGUCUGCACCAAGUCGAAUACGCCAUGGAAGCGGUGAACCUGGGUUCAGCUACUGUGGGGCUCAAAAGUAACUCGCAUGCGGUCAUUAUAGCCCUAAAAAGAGCCUCCUCUGAAUUGUCUGCCUACCAGAAAAAGAUCAUCAACAUCGACGAUCAUAUUGGUAUUACUAUAUCAGGGCUUACUGCAGAUGCAAGGAUUUUGAGCAGAUACAUGAGAACAGAGUGUUUGAAUUAUAAGUACUCUCACGAUACUUAUAUGCCAAUGAAUAGACUUAUUACAACUUUAGGCAACAAAAUGCAAGUUUGUACUCAACGUUACGAUCGUCGUCCUUAUGGUGUAGGCCUUUUAGUUGCUGGGUUUGAUGAUAAAGGUAGUCACAUUUACCAAACUUGCCCUUCGGCCAACUUUUACGAUUGCAAAGCCAUGUCUAUUGGGUCCAGAUCUCAAAGCGCCAGGACUUACUUGGAAAAGCAUUUGGAUCAAUUAUUAAACAGCAGCUUAGAAGAACUUAUUAAACACGGUUUGAGGGCUUUGAGAGACACCCUUCCUCCAGAAAUAGAUUUGUCUACCAAAAAUGUUUCUAUUGGUUUUGUUGGCAAGGAAAGGCAAUUUAAGAUUUUAGAAGAAGAGGAGAUUGCACCUUAUUUAGGACUUAUUGAAGGUGAGGAGAGAAGAGGACAGGGUGCUGAUAAAGCUCCAGGGCCUCUUAGGGAAGAUCAGGGGGAAGCACCGAGGGACCCCCAAGCAGCUACAGCCACAGAAGCUGCAGACAGAAUGGAUACAGAUUAAUUAUUUGUGUAAAACAUUUUGUCUUUGUUACUGUGGCAAGGAAAUUUCUUAUAUAAGUGCCGUGGCUGUCUUUUUGAAGCAGCCACGGCACAACAAAAUAAUUCAAUUACAUAUAAUUUUUAAGGCAUUUUAAUAAUAAUAUAAUAAUUUUGCAAUUGGAUUAAUAAUUAUUUAUUUAUCUCCUAGCAAUUCAGUUUGUUUUUUGUUUAGCAUACUUUCAGCUUCUGCAAUAAAUUGGUCCGCUAAGGCCACAAUUUGUUGCUCUACGUUCCUAGCUAAAUCUUCAGAAACUUUGUCUUGGCGCUUCACUUGCUUUACGUAUUUAUUUUGUACGUCUCUUACACUGUCUUUGCACUUGACGAAAAGCUGCUUGGCAUUUUUGGCUAGUUGUUCUCUGUGUUCCUUUGUAACCCUAAAAAAAGUAAUUUACUUAUAUACAGCAUAAGUUAAUUCAAAAUUAUUAUACUUUGGUAUAGGAAUAAACAAAGUUGUUCCAUCUUGUUGAGGAUUCAAAUUCAUUCCGGAUUUGGAUAAGGCCUUCAAAGCUGCAGGGAUGGCUUGUGGAAACGUUGCGAAAUUUACAACUAUAGUUUUAGGGUUUUUCCUUACUAUUUGAGCUAGUUCUUGUAAAGUGUGCUCUUUGCCAUUUAAACUAAUAGGUACUGACUCAAUUGACCCUGUCGUGGAGCGUAAAGAUAGAUUUUUGAUGAAAUCCUCUUCCAUGUGAGCUACGGCUUUUUGCAGCUGAGUUUUAAGGGUUUCCACUUUGACUAGCUCAGAUAUUUCAGUUUCGUUGAUGACUACUUUAGCUGCUUUACCUAAUAAAAAGUAUAGUAUUUAUUGAAGCUCAAAUAUUAUCAAAAACUUACCCUUAUUUUCUUUUUUCUUGUCCUUGCCUUUUGCAUAGCUCCUUGUGCAAAUUAAAUUAGUAUUUGGAGAUUUAUUGAAAAUUUGGGGCUGUUGGUGAUUCGAGAUUAUAGAUGAGAAAGAGCAAUUCAGGGAAGAUAGGAGAGUACUUGGGGGUAGUAAAGGAACAGAGCAUAAAUGCCUGUAUAUUUUUGGCAGUAUUUUUCUAGUAGCGAACAUGUUUUUCUUUAUAUUUUAAAUUUAAAUAAUAAAUAUGAAAAAAAAAUUAUAAAUUUCAACUUCAACCUCAC